GCCAACUGUCAGAACCCUGCUACUAGAGCCUGGAUGUGGCUCUGAGUUUCAGGGUCACUGACAUUGAUAAGACACCUGCGUCCCAGGACUCGGAGGAGAAACGGCUGAUGGACUUGGCGGGGAAUUUGCGCGGGGUUUUACUGAGCGGGAAGAGACUGUUCAAAUGAGGGGGAGGGUAUAUAAAGGAGGGUUGGCCGGAGCCUCCCAUUCUUGGCUUUUCUGAUGUUCAUGUUUCCUACAGUAAAAGUUCCUGGUGAUACCACAAAGAGUCUCGUGUGUUCAUUCAGGAGCGGCUGUGGUGAGCUGACACUAAGCCAAGAAUACGGACACCAUCCCGCUGUAGCGGUGAGGUGUAACAUGCAAGUGGAGGAUGAAGAGCUCUUGGGCGCCGGAGGAGGAAGGUCGGAAAGGGCCACUCCCGAGACGGACGCUGAGUUCCACCAGCUGGCGGCCCUGGCGUCAUCCACCGCUUAUGCCCAGCCAAAUGGGGUAACCCAGAGGCGCGGAGUGGUGCGGGGAGAUAGCACCGGAGGAGAGGAAGGUUCACCUUCCCCAGGCCCGCAAAAGAUGGUGUUUCUGGAGGAGAGGAUGUCGGCGAUGGAGACCACCCUGGCAGUGAUGUCGAGGGCGAUGGAGCGCCUGGCGGUUUUGGCGGAGCCGGAGCGAGGAAGGGAACUCCGGGCUAGCUCAAUGUGGGACGUGAGCAUGGGAAGCAGCCAGGGCUUUGCAGACCUCCCAGCACCGAAGGGAAGGGAAAUGCGAAAGGAGCCCGGUGCCCGGCCCAAGAUCCAAACGAGCCUGACGCGGGUGGAGGAGAGUGACGACGAAGGGGAAAAGCCUCCGAGAAUCCCGGCUACGCUCCCAACUGAGACCCUGGUGCCCCUGGCGAAUGCCGGGCGUGGCACAGGACAAAGGGAAGCAGCAGCGGGGCCCACUGGCCCGCAAGGGGGCUUGCGACGGGCGGAGGAUUGGGGAUUGCCACCACAGGGACCCCUACCGAGACGAGAGGAACUAAGGAUCGAGUUUGGGGGAGAGUCCUCUGAACUGGAUUUUUUCCUGACCACGGUGAGGGGCUAUAUGGAGGACAAUGCCCACACUUUUAGAACGGAAUCCAGCCGGGUACGGGCCAUUGGUGCAGUGUUGAAGAGGGGAGCGGCCAGCUGGUACGUUCAACUACACGCGCGGCGCGACCCGUGUCUGGGGUCACUCCGACGCUUUAUGGGGGCCCUGGAGACCCGUUUCCGAGAUCCACUGGAGCAGAUCCGGGCGAGGGAGGAGUUGAAGACCGUCUCCCAGGGGCAGAGGUCGGUAUCUGAGUAUGCGGAGGAGUUCCAAUGCCUCGCUGAAAAGGUGCCGGAAUGGUCUGCAGUGACAAAGAUAGAACUCUUCAAAGAGGGGCUCAGGCGGGAGAUCCUCUCCUGGGCGGUGCAUCGUGAUGAGCCUGACACACUGCGCGGAUGGAUUCAGCUGGCGGGGCGCAUCGAGACAUCGCUGGCCCAGGCGAGGAGGCACCGAGGAGGGCUACAGCAGCGGCCGCAGAUGAAAGAGGGGAGCCGGAAGGAGGGAUCAACCCCAGCCGGGAGGAGAACGGAGCCGACAGGGAACGUGAGCACCAGCAGGAGGGGCUGCUUCGUGUGCGGCCGUUUGGGCCACAGGGCUGCCGAGUGCUGGCAGAGAAAAGGGGAAGGCGGAGGCCCGCCCAAACCAAGAGCCGUUGCAGGGAAACGCGCCGAGGGAGAACUACCGAUGAGGCACCACUCGGGGGGGUUGGACGAAGGGGAGGAGGACGCCAUGUCAGAACCCUGCUACUAGAGCCUGGAUGUGGCUCUGAGUUUCAGGGUCACUGACAUUGAUAAGACACCUGCGUCCCAGGACUCGGAGGAGAAACGGCUGAUGGACUUGGCGGGGAAUUUGCGCGGGGUUUUACUGAGCGGGAAGAGACUGUUCAAAUGAGGGGGAGGGUAUAUAAAGGAGGGUUGGCCGGAGCCUCCCAUUCUUGGCUUUUCUGAUGUUCAUGUUUCCUACAGUAAAAGUUCCUGGUGAUACCACAAA